UGUGGGCCGCGCGGGCCGGAAGUGUAGCGUUGCCAUGGCGAGAGCCGGGCGCGGGGCCCGCCCCCGCGGCGCCCAGAGGAGCGCGGGGCCGCCGGAGCGGUGGCCCGCAUCUGAGCGGCUGCGCUGCGGCGCUGUGCGCGAGGCGGAAGGCUAGUGGGAGCCACUUGCUGUCUGCAGCCCGACCAACUGCUCUUCAGAAGGAGGCACUCCGGAGACACAGCUGCCAGGCCUGCUGUGCCCUUGGCACCCUGGCUGCUCAGACAGUCUCACUGCUGGGCACUGGGGGCCGAGACCGCAGGACUCUGAGGGCACACCCUGCCCUGGCGUCUGUGUGGCUAGGGGGCCGCCCUCUGGCCACACCUCCCUGUUAGCACUGAUGCACUGACCCUGGAAGACUGAUGAGAGAGGGGAGGGAAGGCCAGGCCAUGGCUGCUCCCAGACCCCACCCAGGAUCCUGAGGUCUGGGAGGGGAGGGGGCUUCUAGAACUCCCAAGGGCUCCCAGGGGCCUCUGCUCAUUGCCUUGCCCUCCCUUCACCCUCACUGAAGUGCUGGGACACGGCAACGUUGUUAUCUGGGUAAUUAGCUUCAGACCCUGGACUGAGGCUGGCCAGGUCCUGGGCUGCUUCCCACAGGCUGUGCACCCUGACCGCAAGAGGGAGGUGAGGCCCUGCCCGCUGAGCAGCCGAGGUGUCAGGGCUCUUGAGAGGCAGGCUGCGGGCACUCUCCCACCCUGCCCUUUUUGCCUGGGGCCCGUGUCCCUCAGGACUGCCUGGGCCUGGUCGCGGCGUGGGGCCUUGUGACCUAGCCUUGCCCGGGGCAGAGGGCACCACUGAGCCUCAGGGAGGGGAUGCCCCCACGGGUGCUGGUCCAGCCUGCUGCCCCACUCCUGAGGCCCAGUCUGGCCCCUGUGCUCCCCGGUCUGGUGCCCCGAGCCGCCCCCCCCGGCAGGUAGCCCCCGCCAUGGCCGAGCACCUGGAUCUGCUGGCAGAGAUGCCCAUGGUGGGCAGGAUGAGCACGCAGGAGCGGCUCAAGCAUGCGCAGAAGCGGCGUGCCCAGCAGGUGAAGAUGUGGGCCCAGGCUGAGAAGGAGGCCCAGGGCAAGAAGGGCCACCGGGAGCGGCCAUGGAAGGAGGCAGCCCGUGGCAGGCCACAGAAGCGGGUCCUCUUCCCUCCCAGUGUCACCCUUCUAGAGGCUGCUGCCCGAAAUGAUCUGGAAGAAGUCCGCCAGCUCCUUGAGAGUGGGGUCAGCCCCGACCUGGCCAAUGAGGAUGGCCUGACGGCCCUGCACCAGAGCUGCAUCGAUGACUUCCGGGAGAUGGUGCGGCAGCUCCUAGAGGCUGGGGCCAAGGUCAAUGCCUGCGACAGUGAGAGCUGGACACCCCUGCAUGCUGCGGCCACCUGCGGCCACCUGCACCUGGUAGAGCUGCUCAUUGCCCGUGGUGCCGACCUCCUGGCCGUCAACACUGAUGGGAACAUGCCUUACGACCUCUGUGAGGAUGAGCAGACGCUGGACUGCCUGGAGACAGCCAUGGCCAGCAGCGGCGUCACCCAGGACCGCAUUGAGGGGGCCCGGGCGUUGCCAGAGCUGUGCAUGCUGGACGACAUCCGCAGCCUGCUGCAGGCGGGAGCCGACAUCGAUGUCCCCCAGGACCAUGGGGCCACACUGCUACACAUCGCGGCCGCCAAUGGGUUUGGCGAGGCAGCUGGCCUGCUGCUGGAACACCGGGCCAGCCUGAGCGCCAAGGACCAGGAUGGCUGGGAGCCGCUGCACGCUGCAGCCUACUGGGGCCAGGUACAUCUGGUGGAGCUGCUCGUGGCGCACGGGGCCGACCUGAACGGGAAGUCUCUGAUGGGCGAGACGCCUCUCGACGUGUGCGGGGACGAGGAGGUGCGGACCAAGUUGCUGGAGCUGAAGCACAAGCAUGACGCGCUCCUGCGCGCCCAGGGCCACCGGCGCUCUCUGCUGCGCCGCCGCACCUCGAGCGCGGGCAGUCGGGGGAAGGUGGUGAGGAGGGUGAGCCUGACCCAGCGCACCAGCCUGUACCGCAGGGAGCAUGCCCAGGAGGCCAUCGUGUGGCAGCAGCCGCCGCCCACUAGCCCAGAGCCGCCCGAGGAGGACGAGGAUGGCCAGACGGACGCGGAGCUGCGACCCAUGCCCAACGAGCAGGACGACGACCCCGAGUCGGCCAGGCCGCACAAUGGCCGAGUUGGAGGCACCCCAGGGCAGCACUUGCACUCCAAGCGGCUGGACCGGAGCAUCUCCUACCAGCUGAGCCCCCUGGAGAGCAGCACCCCCGAUGCCCUGGUCCGGGCCAAGGCCCACCACACGCUGGCAGAGCUGAAACGCCAACGAGCCGCUGCUAAGGUGCAGCAUCCCCUGCCUGAGGGACGUGAGGCCCCUGAGCCUGGCUUGCCUGCGGACGCCGAGAGCCCCCAGCCGGAGUGCAGCUCUGGGGCUGGUGGAGACCCGCCCCUGCUGAAGCUCACAGCACCCUCCGAGGAGGCCCCCAUGGAGAAGAGGCCCUGCUGCCUGCUCAUGUGAGGGGCUGGCACCCAGAGUCACAAAGUCCUGUUGUCAGGCCCCGCUGGAGGCUGCCGCGGGGCCCCUGCUCUGGAGACCCGGUGCUGCUGCUGGGGGAUAGCGCCUGCAGGGCCUCCCCUGUUCCCCUCACCCGAGGGUGCCAGCUUCCUUGCUCAGGGACGAACCCCUGGCAGAAGCCCUCCUGGGGGGGGUUACCUGGCUGCAGAGACCUAGUUUCAUCGUAUGACUCUUGAUAAAGGGCUGUUCUGCCACCUGCCUUGUGUGUGUGUCAGCAGGGCCCCUGUCCUGAGUGGGGAGCUGUUGUGUUGCUGCUUCUGGAUGUGCCUGUCCCUGUUUGGGGGCCUGUAGGGGGGCUUGCUUGUGGCUGCCUGGCCCUGCGUGGGAGUGAGGCCCCCGGCCACGGGGCAAGAAGCCUGGCCUGCACUGCAGCCUGCCUCCCUGCCUUCCCAGCCUCCUGGAGGCUCCUCUGUAACUCCUUCCUUUCCUGGGAGGAGCCGGGAGCUCCGGAAGGACAUUCCUUGGGGGUCAGGGCUGGGGGUAUCCAUGCCAGAGGGGCAG